AAGUUGCGUCACAUCCGGUGACGCUGGGUACGUCGGUUGCCGGGCGCCAAAAACAACUUUUAUUAUUUUUUGAUAAAGCUGACAACGAAGACGUUUCAAUGUGUACGAUGGACACCGGAGAAAUCAUCAUCCUCAGUGAUGAUGACGACGACUGUGAAAGUGAAAUAUCCUGUAACGAACCCUCGGUUCUCAUUGUGGAGAUGGAGGAUGUGAAAAAGAAGAACAGUGACUGCACUCUUGCCCCCACCGCUCUGGAUGAAGACCUGGUUGUCACCUUCUCCCGCUGUGCUGAAGUUCUGCCUCACGCACGAUACGACUGUCCCAUACAUCCUUUCACAGCUACAGAUUGUGAAAUCGGCGAUCCUGUGGCGAGUAACAUGCUCAUGUGUGAUCAGUGUUUCUGCUACAUCUGCGACAAGCUGGCGUCAUCGUGUGCAAUGUGGAGUCGGCGCGGCGGGUGUCACUGCAACAGCCACAAGAGGAGCGACUUCUGGAACAGCCUCAGAAAACGCAUUCUGCUGGGAGGACUGCUGACCUUUAACCUCACUCUGUCUGAAGUAGAUGAUCACCUCCGACGAGCAGAGACGAUGCUGCAUAGUUUUAGAGAAGGACUCGCUGCGCUGUUCACUUCCUACCUGAAUGGAAAGACGGUCGAGGGGUUGGGCCCUGCCAACCAGAAUUGCAUCAUCUACGACUACACACCUGUGUAUGAGUUUGUGUCAGCGUUCCUGAACAAAGCAGAUAAACAGGAAGGCAGAGCUGCUGUUAUCAUGAGACUGGGAGCUGCUGAGUACUUUAUUAGACAUUUUCAAGUCCUGGGGACUUUCAUCAUACAGUCUCCCAUGGCUAAUGCUGCUGGAGCUAAACUUGUGUUACUGAAGAGGGUAAUAGCGUCCGUGCAGAGGCAGAUGGUGACGGGGGAUUUUUCUCCAGAGUUCACCCAGAAAAUGCAGAUUUUUUACAAGAAGUUCAAUUUCCCAACAGAGCUGAAAAGCAUGAAGAACAGCCUGUGUGUUCGUCCUUGGGAUGACGUCCUGCUGGUGUCUGUGCUGAAGGGGCAAAACGUGUCAGGUGUCCGCAAAGACAAAGGCAAGAAGGACGUCCUGAUUGAACAGCUUUCUAUAGUCCUACUGAGAACAGAACAGCUACAGCAGCAGCACAGGUACAGAGAACUGUGUCGCUACCUAAAGGUCGUCAAAACUGACGAUUCCAAACUCGGCCUGCAGCAGCUUCAGGACCUAAUCCCGUUCUUCAGGUGCAUGUCAGGAGACUUUGAGUGUGCUCUGAACAGUUUGCUGCCCUCGGUCAACGCCCCCGCCUCCCGCUUCACCCCGCAGCUCUUCCUCUUCUACCUCUGCGUCUUUAAAACAGCAACAGCACCAAAGCUGCUGGUCAGUGAGCCGGAGCAGCUCUGCUCUUCUGGAGCGUGGGAGCCAAUUAAAGAUGCUGUGGCACUGACACGUGUUGAGUUGGUGAGGUUUGCUCUCAGGGUUCAGAAAUGCUGCUCGGCCGUCUUCACUGAUUCUCAGUGUUGGGCCAUUUUACUCUCAGUCGCCAACACACCCGCUGCUCUCCCAAAGCCCAGCCCAGAGUUUCUACUUCAAGUGAAGGAUGCUAUAAUUUUGAUGCUUGAAUCGAAUGUACUGAUCCCACGAUUUGAGAUGUACCCAGAUCAGUCCCUGCUGCUGCUGGUAACACAGGCUUUAGUUAUGAGAAUCAUUAGUGCUCCUCUGAGUCCAGCUGUCCCUGUGCUUGAAACGUAUAAGUUGAACAUGUGGGCUUUGGAGUGGCUGCGGGACAGUUUGUCGUCCCACCCGGAACGAUUCAGUUCCUUCAUGGAGGAAAUCACAAAGGACUUGGUCAGCCAGAAAGAUGAGGAUAAAGUGUUUCCCUUUCUGCGAGCCAUUGUACCCACUCAGUCUUCUUCAACAGAGAACUUGGACCAGGGCUGUCCAUUGGAUCUGAACAUUAGCUGCUAAGUGAAGUCCCCGUCGCCAUGUCAGCUGUAAGUCGACUGAUCCUGUCCCAUUCCUAGCUCUGUUUGCACAUAGAACAACCAAACUCUGCACCCAGUUCUACGCUGAUGUUCCUGUCAAACACUGAGGUGGCAGCAGCCCCUCCUCUGGAUGUCGGGUACAUUCAAGAGCAACAGAUCAAAGUGUGUCUGAGUUUUUCGACCAAGAGACUCCAAACAGACUCAUGUUAUUCAGCAUUCAAUAAUGGAGACACUUUAUGUUGCUUCAUUGUUUAAAAGACUUAAGUAAGCUGGAUACAUGUUUACUUCUGCACUGUAUGAUUUUUUUUUUUCAUUGAGUGGUGGUUAUGUUGAAUACUUUUUAAAAAAAAAAUGCUUUUGGAUUUGUGACUGUUUUGUGAACCUUUUUGCUUAAAUGAUAUAAAAGGCAAAUAAAGUAUUGGUUGCUCUGAA